AUGGCGCAGAUUAAGAAUCACAAGGAGAAGAAAUCAAGGAAGUCAAAGGCGAGAGCUACGUUAUUUGUUGCUGUCUCACCUGAAAUCUUUGUCAGGAUUAUGACUAUGAAGUCAGCUUUUGAUAUCUGGAAGUUCCUAAAGAAAGAGUACGAAGGAGGUGAGAGGAUUAAAGGAAUGCAUAUUCUAAAUUUGAUCAGAGAAUUUGAACUUCAGAAGAUGAAGGAUUCAGAGACUGUCAAAGAGUAUUCUGACAAAUUACUCAGCAUUGCCAAGAAAGUAAGGUUACUUGGCUCUGAAUUUCCUGAUUCUAGAAUUGUUCAAAAGAUUCUUGUAACAGUUUCUGAAAGGUUCGAAGCAACCAUCUCUUCGCUGGAGAACACUAAGGAUUUGUCAAAGGUUAGCUUGGCAGAAUUGUUGAAUGCUUUGCAGGCACAAGAACAGAGAAGACUUUUGAGGUCUGAAGGUUUCGUUGAAGGUACAUUAGCUACAAGAGCUCAGUUCAGUCAAGGAGGAAAAGGGAAGAAGAAUGAGAAGUACAAGAAGGAAAACUCAGCGAAUUUGAAGCAGAAGAAUGGUGCUCAAGUAGCUGAUCAAAAAGAGGAAGAGCAACUCUUUGUAGCAUCUUGUUUUGCUACUAGCAACUUGAGUGACAAAUGGCUUGUUGACAGUGGUUGCACAAACCACAUGACAUUUGACCGUGAUCUGUUUAAGGAACUAGACACUUCUGUGGUAUACAAAGUGAGAAUAAGCAAUGGAGAAUAUAUUGCAGUUAAGGGAAAAGGCACCGUGGAAAUUGAAAGUUCUUCAGGUACAAAACUUAUCAGAGAUGUUUUAUUUGUACCUAAUAUUAACCAAAAUCUAUUGAGUGUUGUUCAGUUGCUUGAGAAGGGUUUCAAAGUUAUCCUUGAAACAAAUCAGUAUCAAAUCAAGGAUUCUGAAGGUAAAUGUGUAUUCAAAGUGAAGAUGAAGGGGAAGAGCUUUGCACUAGAUCCAUCGCAGGAGGAGAAAAAAGCUUACUCCUCAUGA